GUUUUGUGUCAUUGCUCAGAAAAAGAAAAGCUUUGAGAAAAUUGUUGUGCUUGUGGGCAAUUGCAGACAAUGGUCGGUAUCAUGUCGUUGAUAACAGGGUGGCCAGGCCCGAGUGGGUUUGGUUCUGCUUCAACUGCAGAGAAGGUCACCGAAGGAAUCGAUGCCUCCAAUCUCACUGCCAUUAUUACAGGAGGAGCGAGUGGAAUUGGCUUUGAGACAGCAAGAGUUUUAGCUCUUCGAAAGGUGCACGUGAUCAUUGCUGCAAGAAAUAUGGAAGCUUGCAAGAAAGCUAAGAAUCUUAUUCUGCAGCAAAACCCGUCCGCUCGUAUCGAUAUACUGAAGCUCGACCUUUCCUCGGUCAAGUCUAUCAGAGCAUUUGUUGACAACUUCAUCGCUCUUGAUCUUCCACUCAACAUAUUAAUAAACAAUGCUGGAGUUAUGUUCUGCCCUUUCCAACUCUCACAGGACGGGAUUGAGAUGCAGUUCGCAACAAAUCAUAUCGGUCAUUUCCUGUUGACCAAUCUUCUUCUUGACAAAAUGAAACAAACUGCAAAAGCCAGUGGAAUCGAGGGAAGGAUCGUGAAUCUGUCUUCAAUUGCCCAUAACUAUAGUUACCCAAAGGGAAUUCGAUUUGAGAAGAUCAAUAAUCGAAACGGUUACUGUGACAAGAAAGCAUAUGGGCAGUCCAAGUUGGCUAACAUCCUUCAUGCAAAUGAGCUAGCUCGCCGCCUGCAGGAAGAGGGGGCGAACAUUACAGCCAACUCAGUCCACCCAGGAGUGAUAAUGACUCCUCUCAUGAGACACUCCUCCUUCCUUAUGCAUCUUCUGAAAGUGUUCACCUUUUACAUAUGGAAGAAUGUCCCACAGGGGACAGCCACAACAUGCUAUGUUGCUCUGCACCCAAGCAUGAAAGGCGUGAGUGGGAAAUACUUUCAGGAUUGCAAUGAGCACAGGCCAAAUUCUUAUGCCAGAAACCAAGUGCUAGCCGCCAAACUCUGGGAUUUCAGCAACACGGUCAUCAAUUCACUUUCCAAGGCUUAGCUUCAAUCCCACUUGCUGUUCGGUGCUUCAUUGGAAUUAUCAGCUCUCCCUAUGAAUAACAUGCCCCAUAUAGUUUACAACUGCAAUUGCUGCCUUUCCAUAUCGUUCAUUGAAUGUUUUUAAUAUUUUCACUUGUAAGUUUUUUUUUUUUUUUUACUGUUAUUUGUGCUUCAUGUCUCUGAAAAGCAAUCUAAUACCAUAAUAAAUUUACUCCUUCAUAAUUUCUCCA